CCACAGGCCGGGCGCUGGGGCGGCGGCCAGUGAGAGAGCGUGCUGUUGCGGCUCGUGGAGACCGGAGGCCCGCGCAGCUAUGUCUGAACUCAGCGAUGAAGCCAGUGAGCCAGAGCUCUUGAACCGCAGCUUGUCCAUGUGGCAUGGGCUCGGCACACAGGUCAGUCGGGAAGAGCUGGAUGUCCCCCUGGAUCUUCACACGGCCGCCUCCAUCGGCCAGUAUGAGGUGGUGAAGGAAUGUGUGCAGCGGGGAGAGUUAGAUUUGAAUAAGAAGAAUGGUGGUGGCUGGACCCCGCUGAUGUAUGCCUCCUACAUUGGACACGAUACCAUUGUGCACCUGCUGCUCGAGGCAGGGGUGAGUGUGAAUGUACCGACCCCUGAAGGGCAGACUCCACUGAUGCUGGCCUCCAGCUGUGGCAAUGAGAGCAUCGCCUACUUCCUGCUUCAGCAAGGUGCAGAGCUGGAGAUGAAAGACAUUCACGGCUGGACUGCGCUCUUUCACUGCACCAGCGCUGGCCACCAGCAGAUGGUCAAGUUCCUUCUGGAUAGCGGAGCAAAUGCCAACGUGAGGGAGCCUGUUUAUGGAUUCACUCCUUUGAUGGAAGCAGCUGCCUCUGGUCAUGAAAUAAUUGUGCAGUAUUUUUUGAAUCAUGGAGUCAAAGUCGACACAAGAGACCACAGUGGAGCCACAGCCCAGAUGCUGGCUAGGCAAUAUGGGCAUAUGAAGAUUGUGGCCCUGAUGGACACCCACUCUCCUGCCCUGCCCAAGGGCCUCUAUCGGAGCUCAGAAAAAUAUGAAGAUCUGAGUUCUUCGGAUGAGUCCUUCCCUGUUCCUCAGCGACAGAGGCCCUAUCGGAAGAAGGGCCUCAGCAUUCACGAGGGGCCACGUGCCCUGGCCAGGAUCACAGCUGUUGGACUUGGAGGCAAGACCACGCAGCCCAGCUAUGAACAGGUGCCUCCACGGGGCUACGUGACCUUCACCAGCAGUGAUGACAACCCCCUGGCAAGUGAAGGUCUCUGCUGCAGAGAUGUCACCUCCCCCAUCAACGAGCGCGAUGUGGAGAGCAGCAGCAGCAGCAGCCGCGAAGAACCUGCUUUCUGUGCCAGCCUUGGGCCUGUGUGGAGAAGCAGCAGCAGCGAGGGCCUGGCUAGAGCCCAGGGGCUCAGCAGUGAAGCCUCCUUGGAGAGCAAUGAGGAUUCCGAUCAUGCCCACAAAAGCUCUGUUCGCAAACAAACCAAGAGUUAUUUGAAGACCAAGAGUCGUUACAGCAACAGUGACAGCCAGUGGCCUCCCAGCACAGGGACUGCCUGUACACCAGCAUCUGACCCCCAAACUGAGAGGCCACCUUACUCAGGACCCCAGGAUCUUGCCACGCUGCUGGAGCAAAUAGGAUGUCUGAAGUACCUGCCAGUGUUCGAGGAGCAGGAUGUGGAUUUGCGAAUUUUCCUGACACUCACUGAGAGCGAUCUGAAGGAAAUUGGUAUCACGUUGUUUGGGCCCAAAAGGAAGAUGACUUCUGCCAUUGCCCGCUGGCACAGUAGUGCUCGUCCCCCCAGUGACUCCCUGGAGCUGGCCUACGCCGAUCGGCUGGAGGCUGAGAUGCAGGAGCUUGCUAUCCAGCUGCACAGACGCUGUGAGGAGGCUGAGGCCCUGCGUGGUCAGGUGUUCCAGGAGCAGGAGCUGCGGGCCGUGGUAGAGAGCUGCCUGCUGGAACAGGACAGUGCGCAAAAGGACAUGCAGACCCACCUGCAGGAGGCCUGGACCCUGGCCCAGGAUGCUGCCCUUGUCCUCGACCAGCUGCGGGCUUAUCAGGCUGAGCUGUCAGCCCGAGUGAGACAAGACCAGUCCCCUAGCACAACCACCCUGAGCCCAUCCCUUCUCCCAGCAGAUCUCAAAGGCUGGCCUCCAUCCCUGCAGGCCUUGAGCCUCUCGGAGUUAUCAGGAGCCCUGGAAGAUCGUGUCCACGAGUUGGGGCGGGCACUAUGUUCAGUGACACAGAGCCUGGAGAAACUGCAGGUGCUAAAUGGGAAGAAGUGGCGGGAGCCCUAGCCAGGAGGGAUGGGCCCUUUGGUUUUCAGAAUCUGACGUUGGGUGAUCGAUCCACCCUGAAGUUCUAUGUCAAAGAAGACAGAAGGGCAGUGAGCAGGCCACAGCUGUGGCCCAGGCCCAGGGAGCAGCCUGUGGACAGGCAGGAUGGGGCUGUGGCCCCUGCCAGGGCAGCUUGGACCAGCACUGAGGCAGGACGAGGGCCCGGCACCCAGAUCUUGGUGGAAAGGUCCCAAGCUUAGGGGCUGCUCUGGUCCAGACCAGGUGGGGCUGUGAGGAAAGAAUAUGCAGGUGUCACUCUAAGGUUUGACCUUACAGGUGAGGACUGGAACACAAGGAAACAUGCCAUUUGUUUGAAAAUAAAAUUAAGCAUAAGCUG